AUGGCGCCGCCCCGACUCUUCUCCUGCUUCGGCCGGGGCGGCGGGCCGUCGGCUUCCUCUUCGGCCGCCGCCGCCAAGUCAUCCACCGACGGCGCGACGGCGGACCAGUCGGCGGAGGAGCAGCGGCGCGGGGGCUCCGUGGUCGUGGAGCUGUUCUCGUCUCAAGGUUGCGCCACCUCCCCGCAGGCGGAGCUGCUGCUCUCCCGCCUUGGCCGCGGAGACUUCCACGCCGCCGGCGACCAGGACGGCGGCGGGGGAGAGGGCCUGCCGGCGGUGGUGGUGCUGGCGUUCCACGUCGACUACUGGGAUCACAUGGGCUGGAAGGACCCCUUCGCUUCCAGCAUGUGGACUGUUCGCCAAAAGGCCUACGUGGAGUCACUGCGGCUCGACGCCCUCUACACGCCGCAGGUGGUCGUCCAGGGCCGCGCUCAGGCAGUGGGCACCGACGAAGCCGAGAUCCUCUCCGCCGUCCGCUCCGCCGCUCGUUUCCCCUCCCCAACCUUCCAGGUGAGUGACGGGGGGGUUGCUUUUGCGUUUGCGUUUGCGUUUGAGUUUAUAAACACUCUCUCAUCAGCUCGCUCACGCACCAACAAAAUAAAGCAGUGAAUGUCAAGAGGGCUCAACAAUCUGGUCUGCCAUGGGAUUUUCUUGCUGCAGGCGAGCUUCCAGAAGCCGACGGCGGAGACGCUGCGCGUCUCCUUAUCCGGGCAGCUGAGGACGAAGGUGGACGGCGGCGGGGCGGACGUUCAGGUGGCGCUGUACGAGAACGGGCUCAUCACGGACUGCGGGAAGGGAGAGAACAGAGGUCGCGUCCUCUCCAAUGACUUCGUCGUCCGCAAGCUCGAGAAGCUCUGCCGUGUGAAGGACGUCUCCGCCAAGAAGACCGUCUCGGGGGCCGUCACCUUCCCUCUCUGGAAGGGCUUCAACAGCGCCAAAUGCGGCAUCGUCGUCUUCGUCCAGGGUGGCUCUCAGCAGAUCUCCGGCGCCCAGCAUUUCGAUUUGCCCGACGUUCUGUGA